AUGGGAGAAGAUCUCCAGAGAUGGUCGACCAGAGGAAAGGGACAUGCCGAGGCCCACACGCUCCAACACCCAUCAGCCGAGACCCACACGCUCCCCAACACCCAUCAGCCGAGGCCCACCGAGGCCCACACGCUCCCCAACACCCAUCAGCCGAGGCCCACACGCUCCCCAACACCCAUCAGCCGAGUCCAACACCCAUCAGCCGAGACCCACACGCUCCCCCCAACACCCAUCAGCCGAGACCACACGCUCCCCAACACCCAUCAGCCGAGACCCACACCUCCCCAACACCCAUCAGCCGAGACCCACACCCUCCCCAACACCCAUCAGCUGAGGCCCACACGCCCCCAACACCCAUCAGCCGAGGCCCACACGCUCCCCAACACCCAUCAGCCGAGGCCCACACGCUCCCCAACACCCAUCAGCCGAGGCCCACACGCUCCCCAACACCCAUCAGCCGAGGCCCACACGCUCCCCAACACCCAUCAGCCGAGGCCCACACGCUCCCCAACACCCAUCAGCCGAGGCCCACACGCUCCCCAACACCCAUCAGCCGAGGCCCACACGCUCUCAACACCCAUCAGCCGAGGCCCACACGCUCCCAACACCCAUCAGCCGAGGCCCACCGAGGCCCACACACGCUCCCCAACACCCAUCAGCCGAGGCCCACACGCUCCCCAACACCCAUCAGCCGAGUCCAACACCCAUCAGCCGAGACCCACACGCUCCCCAACACCCAUCAGCCGAGACCCACACGCUCCCCAACACCCAUCAGCCGAGACCCACACCCUCCCCAACACCCAUCAGCCGAGACCCACACCCUCCCCAACACCCAUCAGCCGAGGCCCACACGCUCCCCAACACCCAUCAGCCGAGGCCCACGCUCCCCCACCCAUCAGCCGAGGCCCACAGGCUCCCCACCCAUCAGCCGAGGCCCACAGGCUCCCCAACACCCAUCAGCCGAGGCCCCACCUCCCCAACACCCAUCAGCCGAGACCCACACGCUCCCAACACCCAUCAGCCGAGGCCCACACGCUCCCCCAACACCCAUCAGCCGAGGCCCACACGCCCCAACACCCAUCAGCCCGAGGCCCACACCCUCUUAACACCAUCAGCCAAGGCCCACACGCUCCCAACACCCAUCAGCCGAGACCCACAGGCUCCCCAACACCCAUCAGCCGAGACCCACACCCUCCCCAACACCCAUCAGCCGAGGCCCACACGCUCCCCAACACCCAGACACACAGAGGUCUCCAGUAA